GUCGCGACUGCGAUUGAAACCGUUCGAUUGAAUUCGCAGCGGCGAGUCGAGUUACGUGCAGACGUGCAGCUGAUCGCGCGCGACUUCUCUGCGAAUGUGUGCGCGCGCGCUCUCGCAUCGUUCGUCAGCUGGGAACGCGAAACCGAGAAGCCGAGAAGUGUGCGCAAGUACGACGGUAUUUUCCGCGAACGAAUGUGCGGUCGACGAUAAUUCCGCGAGCAACGCGUGCCUCGGCGGUUCCUCGCAUUCUCAUGCGAGCGUCACGAUGCUAAUUGCGCGCCGCGGCGACGCGCGAGUUCGACUUGUCGGGAGGUUGCACAUUUUUAGGUUACGCGAGAAUAUAGACGAAAAUCGCACGAGUGAACUCGUCGCGAAGCAUGCUCGAUAAUUACAUUAAUUUCAGAGGCGUUGGAAUCUCUGUUUCCCUCCCCCUCCCUCUCUCUUUCGCACCCUCUUUCUCUCUCGUGCGAUUCGCUGCUUUUAUCAGCGCAUAAUUAAAUAGUCGUAAUUAAAUAAUCUCAUAAAUAAUGGGAGUGUACGGCUUGUGGAGGCUACUGGAUGCGUCCGGGAAGCCGGUGGUGUUGGAGAAUCUCGAGGGCAAGGUUCUAGCAAUUGAUGUAUCAAUAUGGAUAUACCAGGUGUUGCAAGGAUAUCAAAAUCAGCAUGGUGCUUCCAAGCCUAAUGCUCAUCUGCUUGGCUUGUACACCAGGAUAUGCAAGCUCUUGUACUACAGGAUCAAGCCAGUUUUCGUUUUUGACGGUGGUGUGCCAAUGCUCAAGAAAAAUACAAUUGCCUCACGCAGGAAGCAGAAAUCUAUUGCCACGAGUAAGGCGCAGAAGAUGAAGGCAGACUUGAUAAACAACUUGAUAAAGCACAGUGUGGUGAAAACUGUUCUCAAUAAGGAUUCCAAGGUGGAUCAGAUUAAUGGGACGACGCAGAUCACGAUAAAUUUGCAAGGCAAACACGCGGAGCCAGACAUGUUUGCUUUGCCCGACAUGCCCAGCACCAGUGGCCUACAAACUUUUGUCAAUGAUGAGGAAUACGAUUCCGACGCGUCGGUCGAGCUGAGCCCGCGGAAGCAGUCCAAGUGGAUGGGAAACAUACACAAUGUCGACGUAACCACCGGCGAGUUUAAGGCACUGCCCGCGGACGUUCGUUACGACAUACUGACCGACCUGCGGGAAACGAGGAAGCAGAACUCCUGGGGUCGUCUGCACGAGAUGCCCGAAGAGUCACAGGAGUUCUCAGGCUUUCAGAUGAAGCGCUUGUUGAAGCGCAGAUACGUGCAGCAGUCGCUGGAGUCCGCCGAGAAGGAAAUGGGCGGGAAAACAUUGACACUGGAGGAGCUCGACAAGCUGCUGACCGAGCAAGGAAUCAACACGAAGGGUAGAGACAUAGCGUUUCGCAUAGCCGCCGAUGACACGACCAGAUUAAUCUACAUCAGUGACAAGAACGCGUUGGCGAGAAGUUCCACUGAAGGCAAAGCAGGGACGGACAAGAACGAUUCGCCGCCGAAUGAGACGGAGGAAGUCGAGCCGGUUGCCGGCCCAAGUAAUCCCACACCAAUCGUAGAGAACAUGAACGAGUACGAGUUGAACGAUGAUUCCGACGACGACAUUGCGCCAAUCUACGAUGAUCCUCUGCCCAUCGCGGAGGAUGUAAAUGAAUACACGUUUGACAGCGACGUGGAGCCUGGCACGAACGAGCCUGAUGUGAACGAGUCACUGCCUUUGAGCAAGAAAUACUUCAGCAAGAACACGAGGAAUCCCGCGUUGACGUACAUGUUGGAGUACAGCGGUUUAACCCAGAAUCAGAUAAUGCACCUCAUCAAUCACAACGACGAGAGCCAUAAAACUAGAAGCAAGAGUGUGAAGACCCCCGAGAAAGAUGCUCGAAGCUCGGAAUUAGAGGAAAGUAGAAGCCCGACGGACGAUAAGCCGGCGUCAUUUAACCCUGUCGAAGAUCACGAGGAUCGUUCAAAAGCUGUGGAAUUACAGGAUACGCAGGACGCGCGUUCAGCGAAGGACAACUCGGCUGUCGAGUUAAUCCCGUCCAAUCCGGAGUCGGACAACUUCAUCGAAGUUGAGCCUUUUGAAGAUCAUGAAACGUCGGGGUUCACCGCGGCGUCUCACGCCACAAGCUCGAGUAAUGAAGUAAUACCUGAGCGAUGUUCCAUCGCAGAGUCCGAUGACGUAACGAAAAUAGACACGUCAGACUCGGACACCGACGAUUUCAUAGAGAUCCACGACGUUCCGAUACCUGACGUGGAUGUCUCGAGCGGCAGCGUGAAGAAAGGGAAUAUCGAAAUAACCAUCAGAUCCGACGAAAAGCUGGAAGACGACAUGUUUGCCGAUAUAUUUGGGAAGGUAGAUCGGAAUGAAGCUGGGCCGACGAGUUGUGCGAAAGAGAUUGCGCCCGUCGGUGCGAAUGAUGAACCGCGGACAGUGUUGGUUCCGGCAGAAACUGUCAAGGACGGUAAUAAUACAAGACAACUGGACACUAUACCUGAAGAACCCGAAGAAGCAGUCACUGAGAAAACAGACGUCGAAUCGCCAGAAAACGGUCAGUCAAUCGAGAACGUAUCGAACAAUGAGAGCAGAACAUGCGAUUCCCGGAGUCCUGACAAACUAGCGGACCAAGGUAAUACGAAUAGUGAAGUUGAUCCUUCCAAUAAACACGUACAAGAGAAUCCAGUGGUGCUGCCUACAAAUGAGGAAGGUUGGGUAGAACUGAAGGACCAAUUAGAAGACGAGCAGGAGGAACUCACGAGGAACAUUGGCAAACUUGAGAGACAAGCUACCAAUAUUUCCGAGCAAAUCCGAAUCGAGGCGCAGGAAUUGCUACGUUUGUUCGGCAUCCCUUACGUGGUGGCUCCUAUGGAAGCGGAGGCGCAGUGCGCGUACCUGGAGCAAAUCAAGCUAACCGACGGCACGAUUACAGACGACUCCGACAUUUGGCUAUUUGGGGGCCGAUGUGUGUACAAAAACUUCUUCAACAAUAGCAAGAGGGUACAGCAGUUCCGUGCGUGUGACAUCCAGCAUCAUUUUAAACUUACUCGCAAUCAGCUGAUACAAUUAGCCCUCCUGGUCGGCAGUGAUUACACUACGGGGGUGGCUGGAAUCGGGCCAGUGACCGCAUUGGAGAUAUUAGCCGCGUUUCCCGCCGAAGGGGAUAACGUACUGCACGGGUUACACAACUUCUGCACGUGGAUAAAAAAGGGAAAGAUCGCGGCUCCUGGGAAAACGGGUUUGCGCAAUAAAUUGCGAAACGUGAAAUUGGACAAAGAUUUCCCAAGUCAAGCGGUCGUCCAAGCGUAUCUCUUUCCCACGAUUGACGAGUCAAAGGAGACUUUUACCUGGGGCAAGCCGAACGCAGUGCUCCUCUGCGACUACACCAGGCAGAAAUUCGGCUGGACGAAGGGCAAAUUCGACGACACGAUGAUACCGGUACUGAGGAGAAUGGAGGAGAGGAAAAGUCAGAAAAUAUUGGAUUUAUACUUCAAAUUGAUGGUGUCCCCAAAAUCCGUCGAACCGAGUCUGAGUAAAAGAGUUCAGAAGGCUCUGUACAAGAUGAAUAACGAGAGCAAUGUGAUUGAAGAAAAUACGGAUGGCGAAACGCAGGCUAAGAAAAGCAAGAAGAGCAAUGCCGAUCAGAAGAUGAAGAAAGAGAAGAUAAUUAAACCCAGUAUAGCCACUCAUGAGCCUGAAGCACUCGUCGAAGUAGACGCUGCUCUCAAGAGACCUAUUGUACCUAAUGUUCACGAUAGAAGCGUCAAGGAAUAUAUUCCGCAGCGGGAGAGAGACAAAGCAUCCUCACUGGAGAAGAAAUUGCACGCUAUAGAGGUGUUUAGAAAAUCGAGGAAAGGCUUGGUCAAAACGAAGAAAGUAAAACGCACGGUACGGAAAGUCAAGAAAGAAGCGGAGUUAUCGGAAAGCGACAGCAACUAGAUCAAAAUAACUAAAGCCUGCGGCAACAAAUUUUGCAUAGUGUCUGCUGGACGAAAUACAAUGGAAUCUGUGAAUAAAGCAUGACGGUAGAAACCGAGCAGGAUCUGUCAUCCGGUAACUAUUUAAAUGCGCUUAAAUAAGACGUGGCUCAGAUCCUGCUCAGUUUUGAUCGUCAAUCUACUGUCGAUCUAUUGCCAGACUGAUGGCACAUUGCUAGCAGUUUGUCUAGGGAAAGUAUUCAACUGUAAAAAAUGUACAUUUUCAUAUCAUAAGUAAAACAAUUUGUACAUAAAAAACAUAAAAUAGCGUGCGAAACUUUUAUAUACAAUCGAAAAGUGAUGUCUAGUUUCUAUUGUGACUAUUAUAGAAUAUAAUUAUAGAAUAUU